AUGUCACAACAAAACGGUAUUGCUACUUUGUUAAAAGCUGAGAAGGAGGCACAUGAGAUUGUUUCUCAAGCUAGAAAAUAUAGACAGGAUAAGCUGAAGCAAGCUAAGGUUGAUGCUGCUUCUGAGAUCACAGCUUACAAGUUGAAGAAAGAUGAAGAGUUGAAACAAAUUGAAGCCAAGAAUGAAGGUGGUGUUGGCGAUUUGGAGAAGGAAGCUGAAUCUCAAAUCCAAGGUGAAUUAGAUGAUAUCAAGAAGGUCGCUCAAGGGAAGACUGGCGAUGUGGUCAAGCUGUUGAUUGACUCAGUUACUAAUCCAGUUCCUGAAAUUCAUGUCAAUGCUGCUUAA